AUACCAGGGGCAAUGGACAGGAGGGAUGCGACAUGGAUAUGGUGUACGUCAGAGUGUACCCUAUGGCAUGGCAACUGUGAUCCGUUCACCUCUCCGAACAUCUCUAGCUUCGCUUCGGAGUGAGCAGAGUAACGGCACUGUUCUGCAUGAUGUCACUUCAGACAGCCCGGCUGGAACAAGAGGAGGUUUUGUGCUCAAUUUUCACAGUGAUCCAGAAGCCGUGGGCAUUAAGAAAAAAGGAGGCUUAUUCAGAAGAGGAUCCCUUCUUGGUAGUAUAAAACUUAGGAAAUCUGAAUCUAGGUCAUCGAUAUCUAGCAAACGGAGCUCUGUCAGGAGUGAUGCUGCUAUGAGCAGAAUUAGUUCUAGCGAUGCCAACUCUACCAUUAGUUUUGGAGACGGUGACUGUGAUUAUUGCCCGAUGGAAGACCACGUUGAUGCCACCACUACAGAAGCCUACAUGGGUGAAUGGAAGAAUGACAAGCGCAGUGGUUUUGGUAUCAGCGAGCGUUCAAAUGGUAUGAAAUACGAAGGAGAAUGGCUAAAUAACAGGAGGCAUGGAUAUGGAUGUACCAUGUUUCCAGAUGGCACCAAAGAAGAGGGAAAAUAUAAAAAUAAUGUUUUGGUUCGUGGAAUAAGAAAGCAACUUAUACCAAUACGAAACACAAAAACUAGAGAAAAGGUGGAUAGAGCAAUAGAGGGUGCACAGAGAGCAGCUGCCAUGGCAAGAACCAAAGUGGAAAUUGCAACUUCAAG